AUGUGUCCACGUGAUUGGCUAUACCGUGAUGGGUCUUGCUACCGAGCCUACAACCCAGAGAAAUCAUGGAAUAAAGCACUAGAGUACUGCCAAGAAAAAGAAGGCCAACUAGUUAGCAUUAAUUCGGACAGAGAGCAGCAGUUUGUUUACCAAAACAUGGCCGUUAACAAAACAUUGUGGAUCGGUCUGGUUAAAGAUCGAGGUUUAGGGAUUUUUCGUUGGUCUAACGGACAGAGAUUGACUUUUACAAACUGGAUAGAGAAGCCGAACAUAUCUGGCCAUGAAGACUGCGGUGAGAUGACAGACUAUAGUGUCUUUCACGGUCAAUGGAACGACAACACAUGUUCUACAAAACUGCCAUUUAUCUGUGAGAAAGGUGAAGUUAUGUUAAUUUCCUUAGCCCGGUUAGCCCAGUUAUAGGGGCAAGAGGAAACGACUGGAAAGCUCAUUAAGGGGUGAUUAUCAUUUACACAAUGAACCAUUCGCUUGAAACGUCCGUGUAUAAAUCUUUCACGUUGUGGGAGAAGGACCCGCUACAAAGUCUGUAAAGACCUAGGGGGGCUAUGUCACAUGAAUUGAAUUCCAGUUUUGUUAUUAAGACUAUAUUUAAGCAAUGUAACUGUCUCCUGUCAUCUGUUGCGACAGAUAUAGUUAGGCCAACCUUUCAAGUUUUAGUAUUAUGCCUUCACAAAUCACAAAAAAAUCAGAUUACGGUUCAUGCUCAUUAAUGAAAUUUGUUUUGUGUAUGAGUUAAGGCACUAAGUAAUGCCUUCAGCACAGCAUUGACUUAAAACAGCCAUAUCCUCGUGACUUAGCCCCUUUAAGAAAAUAUAUCUCCUGAAAAGCCGGGGAAAUAUUUUCUAACCUAAACGGAAGGGCGCGAAUCAUUUAAAAAAAACUACCUACCUAUUUCUCUGCUCUCGAUUGAUAACAGGAUUUUUGAAAAACUUAUGUACUCCAGAGUUACCAAGUUUGUCAAAGAUUGCAACAUUCUCUAUGAUCAGCAAUACGGUUUUCGCAGUAAGCACAGUACUCAGCAUGCUGUACUUGAUAUUGUUAACACAAUUCUCCAAAACAUGGACAACGGUAAAUUUUCGUGCGGUGUUUUCAUCGAUCUCAAAAAGGCUUUUGAUACUGUUAACCAUGAAAUUUUGUUAGCUAAACUUGAAAAUUAUGGUAUUAGAGGUGUAAUAAACUCCUGGUUCAGAUCAUACGUGACUGAUCGAAAGCAAAGUACGGAAGUUAAUAAUGUUGUGUCUGAGGCUGAGACGACCUUGUGCGGCGUGCCACAAGGCUCAGUCCUCGGACCACUGUUAUUCCUACUGUACAUCAAUGAUAUUUACAAGUCCUCUUCGUUAUUUCCCUUUUAUCUAUUUGCUGACGAUACUAGUAUAAUACUUGCAAAUAACAACCUAAAGGAGCUUGAAACACUUUGAGCUUGGCAAUGUCAACGAAUGGCUAAAGGCCAACAAACUGUGAUAAAAAAUCAAAUUUUGUGAUCUUUCGUCCCCGGCAAAAGAAUAUGCCCUUCAUGCCUAGGAUUAGAAUUCUUGACUCCGUGACUAACACCUACGCAAAUCUUGAAAUGAAAGAUUAUGUAAAAUAUCUUGGCUUAAUGAUUGAUUCAAAUCUUUCAUGGAAAUACCACAUCGAAUCUGUCUGUCACAAAAUCAGCAAGUCGAUAGGAAUUAUAGCUAAAAUUCGACAUUAUGUCCCGCGUCGUGUUUUACUUUCAGUUUACAACUCAUUAAUUGUCCCUUACUUGACUUAUGGUAUUUGUGGUUGGGGAAAUUGUGCCUUGACAUUUCAACGAAAGAUCGUAACUCUACAAAAACGGGCCUUACGUCUCAUUUACUUCAGUAAGUCUAAGGAACACGCCGUACCCUUCUUUCUCAAAUCAAAUUGCCUUCCCCUGCCUAGCAUAUUUUUCAGAGAUUGUAGCUAUUUAUUGUAUGAUAUCAACAGACAGACAGCACCAGUUAGUAUUCUCAAUCAGUUCGUUAAAACAAGUCAGAUUCAUAACUACAGAACAAGAUCUGUCUCUAGCGACUCGUUUUAUGUUAAGUUCUCUAGAACCGAUAAAAUGUAUGCCUUUUUCACGAGAAUCGGUGCCCAAAUUUGGAACUCUAUUCCGUAUUCGAUUAAAAUACUUAAACGUUCGUCCUUUCGUAAAAAAAUAAAGGAAUUAUUACUAAUUUUUUUGCGGUCAGAAGAUGAUUAUGUCUAAGUCUCCCGUCUUAUUAAGUUAUUUAGUACUUUAGGUUAACCUCUCUUCGUAUUCGUUAUGUACAUGCCUUGUUUUAUGUUAGUUUAAACUCUAUUUACUGUAUUGUAGUGUCUUCACUGUUAUUUAGUCCAUCUAUAUAUAAUUCUUGUUUUGUAAUAUGUCUUCAGCCCCCGCCUCGAUUAGUUCAUAAGCUAUUUGCGGGUGGGAAAGUAAUGUAAUUAGUUAUUUUCCAAUUUUCAAUAAAAUUUGUUUUUUUUUUGUUUUUUGUUUUUUUUUUAAUUCUUCGAUCGGAAUUCCCAGUUUCCGCACUUAAAGUAUUGUGAUAAUUUUUUAAAAAAAAGUACAGAUCGUUUUUCAGUAAUAUACGAACCCUUCCUCCAACACAGGUGCGUUAUUUGGCCGAUAUUUCAAACAGUACACUGGGAAACAGCUGGAUAAUCACGUUAUAAGCCACGUGACCACCACAUCAAGUGACUUGGAAUGCCUGCUUUGGUGCCAACGUCAUAUGAACUGCCAGUCAGUCAAUUACAGACAGAACUUGCAACAAGACCGUAUAUGCGAAUUAAGCAAUGCUAGUCAAGUGGGAUUUCCCCAUGACCUAAUAGACAACAAAGAUUUCAGUUAUUUCGAGUCUAUAGAGUUAAUAUGA